AUGGAAGGAGCUGGACACCAAAGACGCGUAAGUGAUUGCCCCAAAUCAGUUCCUAUUGCGAGAAGUUUCGAAUCUGUUGAAGAAACAUCUCAAGUGGCUCCUUCAACUUCCACGAAUGACAGUGUAACGGAAAUUACUGGAGAAGGUAGGGCCAUUCAGUCAUUAACCGAUUUAUGCACCUUGUCCAAAAAAAUCACUGACAGAGAUUUUAUGGGCUUUGAACUGUGUUUACUUCGAUUUCUCUGGAAAUUCAAAUGUUGGAGUAAAUGACUUAUUCAAGAGAAUGUUCAGUGACAGUGAAAUUGCAUUGAAUUAUCUAAUGACUGAGUCAAAAUUCAGAUAUGUCACAACUUGGCCCAUAUUUCGCCAGGAAACUGUUACACAAUGUGUAGCAAUCACCAGCCCACGCACCAUUAUUUGAUGAGUCAUUAAAUGAUGAGUUACAGAGCAAGCAACUGAACGUGCAUGUGCAUUAUUGGUCAAGUGAAAAUUGCUGAGUGGAGUCCCGGUAUUUCACGUCCUUGUUCAUAGGCCAUGGUAGAACACAUGACAUCGUAAAUCACUAUGAAGAGGCAACAAAAGACCUGAACCCAGCAAAGACAUGGAACAUUGGUAUGGAUGGCCCUUGA